GAAUGAAUUUCAGCUUUCAACCAAUUUUCAUAGAUUUUCUAUUCCCAUUUUAGUGUCUCCAUAUUCAUCAUAUAUAAUAAUAAAAAUAAUAAUAUAUAUUCCUCUUCCCUUUUCGCUCUUCUUUUGUUCCGAUUCCGAUUUCGCGCCCUCUCUCUCUCUGCUAGGGUUCGCUACCGACACACUAUCUAGAUCCUUCGUAAUUUGGGGGUAAUUGUCCCCCCGAGUUCUUCGUCAGCUCGGAGGUUUAGGAGUAGGAUGGUGUGUGUAGUAAUGAGGCUGCAAAGGAUGUUUCAGUUCAGUUGCUGUUGCUUUUGAUUACAGAAUGUGAAGAGUAUAUGAGUUUAGAGAGAUGGAAGAUUUCCGGGAACCUGAUUUUCUGUUUCCGAGUUGGAUUGUUAAGAAUCACUCAGAAAUGGCAGAAUCUCGGGUUUUCAUUCUGUCUUGUGUGGUUGCGGGGUUAAUAGGGAUUUUGACUAUUUGUUACACUGUUUUUCAAUGGAGAAGGAAUAUAAACUUGGGAUGGAUGAAAGCCAUUGCUAGGUCGAAGAAACAUCCGAAAGCAAGACACAAAGUUCCUGCUGCUCCUCACAGUUGGGAGCUGGAUGAUGUUUCUCGAGGGAAAAGUCUAAACUGUUUCGUAUGCUUAAAGUCUAUUUAUCCCUCACAAACGCUUGGUCCUUUGGAGGGUGUUUUUAAUAUAUGCAGCCUAUGUGGUGCAGCAGCUCACCUGAGUUGCUCGUCAGCUGCUCACAAGGAUUGCAAGUGUGUGUCUAUGGUUGGAUUUAAGCAUGUGGUGCAUCAGUGGGCAGUUCGGUGGACAGAGGUAGCUGAUCUACCAGAUGAGACUUCUUUCUGCAGCUACUGUGAAGAGCCAUGCAGUGGAUCUUUCCUUGGUGGAUCCCCUAUUUGGUGCUGCUUAUGGUGUCAGCGUUUGGUUCAUGUUGAUUGCCAUAGUAGUAUGUGUAAUGAGAUCGGUGAUAUUUGUGACUUGGGCCCUUUCAGAAGGCUUAUUCUGUCACCACUUUAUGUUAAAGAAUUGCGUCGAACUUCUUCUGGUGGAUUACUUAGCUCUAUUACUCAUGGAGCCAAUGAGUUUGCAUCCUCUGUUCGUGCUACUAUUAGAAGUCAAAGCAAGAAAUACAAACAUGGACAUGAGAAACACAGAAAUGAGGUUUCUGCAGAAACAGGAAAUGUGAAUGUUGUUGAUGAUCCUUCUAUUGAAAGCACUGCUGAUAGUAGUCAAGCAGUAAAUGGCUCCCAUAUAAUGGAUGAGAACUGUAACGGUGGUAUACAUUCAGAGAGCGUUGACAAGGAGCAGGAUGGUGAUGUUAAGAAGCUGGAAACCAAGGCUAGUUUAAAGAAAAGUUCCUCUAUUAAUCAAAAGGAUGAGGCUCAAUCUAUAGGGAUGAGACAGAAAUAUGAGGUGACUGAAUUGCCUUCUGAUGUUAGACCUCUGCUAGUUUUCAUUAACAAGAAAAGUGGAGCUCAACGAGGAGGUUCACUUAGGCGACGAUUAAACAUCCUUCUAAAUCCCGCGCAGGUAUUUGAGUUGAGCUCAGCACAGGGACCUGAAGUUGGCCUCUUUUUGUUCAGAAAGAUACCCCACUUCAGAAUACUAGUAUGUGGAGGUGAUGGUACAGUGGGCUGGGUUUUAAAUGCCAUAGACAAGCAAAACUUUGUUUCACCCCCACCAGUGGCCAUACUUCCUGCUGGGACAGGAAAUGAUUUGGCUCGAGUUCUUUCUUGGGGUCGUGGUUUGGGCUCAGUUGAGAGAGAAGGAGGUCUUUGCACACUUCUUAAUGACAUAGAACAAGCUGCAGUCACUGUCCUUGAUCGAUGGGAAGUCUCUGUUUCAUAUCAACAAGGAAAGCAGCUUCAACCACCUAAAUUCAUGAACAAUUACCUCGGGGUUGGAUGUGAUGCGAAAGUUGCAUUGGAAAUUCAUAAUCUGAGGGAGGAGAACCCAGAAAAGUUCUACAAUCAGUUCAUGAACAAAGUUCUUUAUGCUAGAGAAGGUGCCAGAAGUAUCAUGGAUAGGACUUUUGCAGAUUUUCCUUGGCAAGUCCGUGUGGAAGUGGAUGGUGUUGAAAUUGAGGUUCCUGAGGAUGCAGAGGGUGUUCUUGUAGCUAAUAUUGGCAGUUAUAUGGGAGGUGUGGACUUGUGGCAGAAUGAGGAUGAAAGCUACGAUAACUUAGAUCCUCAAUCCAUGCAUGAUAAGAUACUAGAAGUUGUCAGCAUUUCAGGGACAUGGCAUCUUGGGAAGCUUCAGGUAGGGCUCUCUAAAGCUAGGAGGCUUGCUCAGGGUCAAUCCAUCAAAAUCCAACUUUUUGCUGCCUUUCCUGUCCAAAUAGAUGGAGAGCCUUGGUAUCAACCACCCUGCACAUUGACCAUAACACACCAUGGACAGGCCUUCAUGCUAAAGAGAGCAGCAGAGGAGCCACUUGGUCACGCUGCUGCCAUAAUUGCUGAUGUACUCGAGAGUGCUGAAUCUAGUCAAGUGAUUAAUGCAUCACAGAAAAGAGCACUUCUUCAAGAAAUGGCAGUUAGACUGUCCUAGAUGUUUUCUUAUACCACACUUAUACUUUAGGGUUUAGAUCUCGUGUUAGUUACGGUUGAGUUAUAGCUUGCCCAGAAAUUUCUUCUGUGUGCUUUUGUGUCAAUUUGUGUGCACAAAAAAUGUGGGAGAACUUGUCUGUACAUGAACUGGACAUGUUUGGUGUGUAAAGGCAAAUUUUGUUGUGGUACUACUAAAAUGUAAAUUUUUAUUUCCCAAAAAUCUUAUGAAAUUGAGUUGAGGUUCUA